AUGAGAAACCAUACCACUGUGACAACCUUUAUUCUUCUUGGACUAACAGAUGAUCCGCAAUUACAGGUGGUCAUUUUUCUUCUUCUUUUUUUCACCUAUAUGUUGAGUGUUACUGGAAACCUAACCAUCAUCGCUGUCACCUUACUGGAUUCACAUCUCAAGACGCCCAUGUACUUCUUUCUCCGGAACUUUUCAUUUUUAGAAAUAUCCUUUACAACUGUCUGCAUCCCCAAAUUUCUUAUUAGCAUGACCACAGGGGAUAAGACUAUUUCUUACAAUGAUUGUGCAGCACAACUGUUUUUCACUAUUCUUUUGGGAGCAACAGAGUUUUUCCUUCUGGCUGCUAUGUCCUAUGACUGCUAUGUGGCCAUUUGUAAACCCCUGCAUUACAUGACCAUCAUGAACAGCAGAGUCUGCAACUUACUGAUCUUUGCUUCCUGGCUGUCUGGUUUCCUAAUAAUUUUUCCACCUCUUCUUAUGGGUCUCCAACUGGACUUUUGUGCAGACAAUACUGUAGAUCAUUUCUUCUGUGAUGUUUCUCCUAUACUACAGCUCUCUUGCACUGAUACAUAUACAAUAGAAUUAAUGACUCUCCUUUCAGCUAUUUUGACGCUUUUGGUUACACUGAUAUUAGUGGUUCUUUCCUACACAAACAUCAUUCGGACUAUUUUGAAAAUACCUUCAGCUCAACAGAGGAAAAAGGCCUUUUCCACUUGUUCUUCACACAUGGUGGUUGUCUCUAUUUCUUAUGGCAGCUGUAUCUUUAUGUAUGUAAAGCCCUCUGCAAAGGAAAGAGUCUCUUUAAAUAAAGGAAUAGCACUUCUCAGUACUUCUGUUGCUCCUAUGUUAAAUCCUUUUAUUUAUACACUGAGAAACAAACAGGUAAAAGAUGCUUUUAGAAACAUGGCCAAAAGAUUGACGUUCUCUAGAUGA